ACGUCUCAUCCUGUUACACCGUCAUCUUGUCACAUGUCACAUCCUGUCACCUUGUCACCUCAUCCUGUCACAUCUCGUCACCUGUCACAUCUGUCACCUUGUCACAUGUCACCCUGUCAUGUCACCUCAAGUCACUGUCAUAUCCUGUCACAUCUCAUCCUGUCACCCUGUCACAUCGCAUGUCGCUGUCACAUCUCAUCCUGUUACAUUGUCACCUUGUCCCCUCAUGUCACAUCCUGUCACACCCCAUGCCACCCUGUCACAUCCCAUGUCACGUUUCAUCCUGUCGCCUGUCACAUCCCAUGUCACAUCUCAUCAUCACCUUGUCACAUCUGUCGCUGUCAUGUCACUUUAAGUCACUGUCACAUUGUCACAUCUCAUCCUGUCACCCUGUCACAUCUCAUGUCACCUGUUACAUGUCACCCUGUCAUAUGUCACCUCAAGUCAGGGUCACAUCUCAUGCUGUCACAUCACAUCUCAUCCUGUCACCCUGUCACAUAUCACUGUCAUCUUGUGAUAUCACCCCAUAUCUCGUCCUGUCACCGUCGCAUCUCAUGUCACCUUGUCACAUCCUGUCACCCUGUCCCAUCUCAUGUCACUCAGUCAUCUUGUGAUGUCACCCCAUAUCUCAUCCUGUCACCUUGUCACAUCUCAUCCUGUCACCCUGUCACAUAUCACUGUCAUCUUGUGAUAUCACCCCAUAUCUCGUCCUGUCACCGUCGCAUCUCAUGUCACCUUGUCACAUCCUGUCACCCUGUCCCAUCUCAUGUCACUCAGUCAUCUUGUGAUGUCACCCCAUAUCUCAUCCUGUCACCUUGUCACAUCUCAUCCUGUCACCCUGUCACGUUACCCCAUCACAUCUUGUCACCGUCACAUCUCAUGUCGCUCUGUCACAUCUCAUCCUGUUACAUCGUCGCCUUGUCACCUCAUGUCACAUCCUGUCACCUUGUCACAUCUCAUGUCACCAUCACAUCUCGUCACCUCAUCCUGUCACCCUGUCACAUCUCAUGUCACUGUCAUCUUGUGAUGUCACCCCAUAUCUCAUCCUGUCACCUUGUCACAUCUCAUCCUGUCACCCUGUCACAUAUCACUGUCAUCUUGUGAUAUCACCCCAUAUCUCGUCCUGUCACCGUCGCAUCUCAUGUCACCUUGUCACAUCCUGUCACCCUGUCCCAUCUCAUGUCACUCAGUCAUCUUGUGAUGUCACCCCAUAUCUCAUCCUGUCACCUUGUCACAUCUCAUCCUGUCACCCUGUCACGUUACCCCAUCACAUCUUGUCACCGUCACAUCUCAUGUCGCUCUGUCACAUCUCAUCCUGUUACAUCGUCGCCUUGUCACCUCAUGUCACAUCCUGUCACCUUGUCACAUCUCAUGUCACCAUCACAUCUCGUCACCUCAUCCUGUCACCCUGUCACAUCUCAUGUCACUGUCAUCUUGUGAUGUCACCCCAUAUCUCAUCCUGUCACCUUGUCACAUCUCAUCCUGUCACCCUGUCACAUAUCACUGUCAUCUUGUGAUAUCACCCCAUAUCUCGUCCUGUCACCCUGUCGCAUCUCAUGUCACCUUGUCACAUCCUGUCACCCUGUCGCAUCUCAUGUCACUCUGUCAUCUUGUGAUGUCACCCCAUAUCUCAUCCUGUCACCUUGUCACAUCUCAUCCUGUCACACCUCACGUCACCCCGUCACAUCUGCUCUGUUUGCAGGUCACUGCCAGGGGACGCUGCGCCCCCUACAG